AUGCGUGGUGUGAAAGUAUCUAUUAAGCGAAUUCAUGUGUUUUUAGAAUUUAUAGAGCUUGUAUGUCCUUGGUUUCCUCGAGAUGGAACCAUAAAUCUUGAAACAUGGAACAGGGUAGGAGAAAGAAUUCAGAGUUUUUAUACCGUUCAUGGUCCUGAAAAGGUCCCGAUUGAUGCUUUUCCGUUAUGGUCCCUGAUUAAAGAAUGUUUGCGGGGCGACACAGGGGAUGAGAAAUGGUCGAGGGAAACGAGACGCCCCUUGUCGCGCUCUCGAUCUUUUGGUCAUUUACCUCUUACUCCCACAGCACCUCCUUUUGAGCUUGAACGAAAUACGAACAAUCAAAAGACACCUCUUGCUAUGCAUGUAAAAUCGGAAAAUCAUUAUGAGAAUCCAGAUUGCAAUGGCAAUAUAAAGGCCAAACGAGAAGCUGAUAAGGAUGAUGAUAGUUUCAUAGACCCUGAUGACGAAGCCGAGUUAGAAGAUGAAGCAGCUCGUUAUCAUUCAGAUAACAAUUGUAAUCCUACUGUUGUACAAGGCACUCAGGUUCGCUCUCCGCAACCGCCAAUAAUUUUACCGGCUCUUGAGGCAGGCCGAAGACCUCCUCCCCCUGAUAUACGAGAAGGGGAAGAUGUUAGUGGAUUUUCAAACUUUGCCUUUCCCAUCACCUAUACCCCACAUCCCACACAGGCUAACGUUAAUGUUGCCAAUUGGACUGUAAUUCCGUUUAAAAGUAUUAAGGAAUUGAAAACUGCUGUUUCUCAUUAUGGUGCCACCGCACCGUAUACCUUGGCUAUUUUAGAAACUAUUGUUUCAGAAAUUCUCCCUCCUCAUGAUUGGAAAGGAUUGGCAAGAGCGGUAUUAACUGGCGGAGACUUUCUUUUAUGGACAGCUGAUUUUUCUGAAAAAUGUUCCCAAUAUGCGGAGAAGCCCCAAUAUAGGCAAAACGGUAUUACAUAUGAACAUCUUACCGGCACUGGUCAGCCAGCUAAUUUGCAAGCGCAGAUGGUGUAUCCUGCUGCGGCCUAUGAUGCAAUCAGAGAAAUUGGGCUGUGGGCUUGGAAGCGUUUGCCUAAAGCUGGCACAGCACGGGAAGAACUGACAAAAAUUCGACAAGGACCAGACGAACCCUAUCACGAUUUUGUUUCCCGUCUUUUGCAGACCUCUGCAAAAAUAAUACAAGAUACUGACGCCGCCUUAAUUUUAGUUAAAGAAUUGGCCUUUGAGAAUGCUGAUGGGGUUUGUCAGGCAAUCUUACGGCCUUGGAAACAAAAAGCUACUCUGAAUGAUUAUGUUAGACUGUGUUCCGAUGUGGGAAUGGGAUAUGUCCAAGGCAUAGUUACUGCGGCCGCCCAAAAAGGGUUACCAGUAGAGGAAGUUAUGGCCGCCAUGAGAGCCCGAAAGAAUAGGCGAGUAUCAGGGCCUCCUGGCAGUUGUUUCACGUGUGGUAAACUUGGGCAUCAGGCAAGACAAUGUCCUUUUAAACAAACACCACCUAUUAAUACUGGAAAAAAUCCAGGCUUAUGUCCAAAAUGCAAGAAGGGAAAGCAUUGGGCUAAUGAAUGCCACUCUAAAUAUGAUAAGGACGGUAAUAUGAUACCAUCUCAGGGAAACUACCGAGCGGGCCUUCCCCAGGCCCGGUCAACAAAACAGGGGAUAUAUCCAAUUCAGGCUAUUGUUCCUCACAAUCGCAGCAGCCACAAUCCAUUCAUCGGCUCAUCCGAGCCACAGCAGGAAGCACCGGAUUGGACUUGUGUUCCUCCGCCCACUUCAUAUUAA